GGCCCUGGGCUUUCCUUGCAGCCCCACAAUCCUUAGCUCCUUCCGUCUCCGCGCUGUGUUCGUGGGAACUUCCUGUAGCGAUGGCUGCGGCGGUGGCGGGGAUACUUCGAGGAGGUCUCCCGCCCCGGGCGGCAUGGCUGCCCACCCUCCAGACCGUGCGCCAUGGCUCCAAGGCUGUGACCCGUCACCGUCGCGUCAUGCAUUUUGAGCGGCAGAAGCUUAUGGCUAUAACUGAGUAUAUUCCUCCCAAACCUGCCAUCCACCCCAGAUGUCUGCCACCUCCUCCCAAACCCCCCAAGGAGGAGUCAGGCCUCAUCCAGCUCCUGCGUCGGGACAUAGCGGCAGUGUUUCGAGACCACCGGAUGAUUGCCGUCUGCCAGAACGUGGCCAUGAGCGCAGAGGACAAGCUUCUCCUGCGGCACCGGUUGCGGAAACACGGGAUCUUGAUGAAAGUCUUCCCCAACCAGGUCCUGAAGCCUUUUCUAGAAGAUUCCAAAUACCAAAACCUGCUACCCCUUUUUGUUGGGCACAAUCUGCUGCUGGUCAGUGAAGAGCCCAAGGUCAAGGAAAUGGUGCGGAUCUUAAAGAGUGUUCCCUUUCUGCCACUGCUCGGUGGCUGCAUCGAUGAUACCAUCCUCAGCAGGCAGGGAUUCAUAGACUUUGCCAAGCUGCCUAGCCUGGACCUGCUGCAAAGGGAGCUGGUUGGAGGACUCACUUGCCUUGUGGCCCAGACCUGCUACCUGCUUCAGCACCAGCCUGCCCAGCUGACUUCGCUGCUGGAUCAGUAUGUCAGACAGCAGCAUGAGGACGAGUCUGCCACGCCAGCCAGCGGGAAGCCCCCUCCUCCUGACCCCGCUCCGGAGCCAUAACCCACCUGCUGUACCCAGCUCUGUCCCUGGGGUCUGGUAGAGAUCUAAAAGAAUUUGAGGUGUGGGUGUGGCAUGUGUGACUUGGCUCUCAGUGACCUCCUUGGGGACAGGCCUCUUGAAGAUAUAGAAAAAUUCUACUUCAGGGAGCUGGAGAGGUGGCUCAGUGGUUAAGAGCAUUGCCUUCUCUUCCAGAAAAAUUCCACUUCAGAAUGAGGCUGUACAUUGUCUUCAGAUGCACUAGUCACUGUCUUUAGUUGUCCCAACUAGGGAGCUGAUAGGAACAGCCUCCUUCAGCUCUCCAGGCACCUAGCAGAAGAUGGCGAUUGUCUCGCCCAGCCCUCUUGGCCACUGUCCCUUGUCUGUGUCUUCCCAGCCACCCUCUUGGUUCCUCCGCAUGCCAUGAUGGACUUUGUGAAUGGCCCCGCUGAAUCCUCUGCUAAGCACUGUACUAAACACAGGUGCCAGCUCCUUACCAUUCAGGAAAGAGCAGAGUUUGAAGUCCUGGAUAAGGCCUUGAAUUUGAUUCUCUGAAGCCUCAAUUUUCCUUAGUAGACCUUCUUCAUAAAGUUACCCAGGAGUGGGUCCUGGGUGAGCUCAGAGCUUAGUGUCCCGCCCUGGGAUGUGCUGGGCUGUGGAAGGGGUAAGGAAACUUCUUCGUGAUAAAAAUAAAAUACGUUUUAUGGA